UACCAAUUCCCCUAUAUAUAGAACCAAAAAACCUGCAUACUCUCAUCCAAAACCUCAAAGUCAAAAUCAUCUUCUUCAACCAAAAUUACACAAAAACAAAAAAAAAAACACCAAAAUCCCAAAUGGCACAAUAUCAAAAAACCAACACAAUCUUAAUGAUCCUAGUGAUCACAAUGGCUGCCCUAUAUGGAAGCUCAAUGGCUCAAUCUUCAAGUUGCACAAGUGUUUUAGUUAGUUUGUCUCCAUGCCUAAACUACAUUUCGGGCAACACAUCGACACCAUCAUCAGGAUGCUGCACCCAACUGGCUAGCGUGGUCCGGUCACAGCCACAGUGCCUGUGUCAAGUUCUUAAUGGCGGUGGCUCGUCUUUGGGGCUUAAUAUUAACCAAACUCAGGCUCUUGAGUUGCCUAAGGCUUGCAAUGUUCAGACACCACCAACCAGUCAAUGCAAUGCUGCUUCUCCAACCGACUCUCCUUCAGGAACGACACCUUCUUCUUCUCCAGGAUCCCCUUCGGGUAAAGGCACUGAAACAAACACUGUGCCAUCAACAGAUAACGGUUCUUCAGAUGCAACUUCAAUAAGAUUCACAACCAAUCCUAUAAUAUUUUCGAUAUUUGUUGCCACAUAUGCCAUCGUGUUCUAAGUUAUUAGCAACUAUAUCGGGAAACAUUAUGUUAUUAUUCAUGAUAUUCACUUAUUUUCCUUUGAUUCUUACAUAUGUUUCUUUUUGAAGAUUUUUUUUUGUUUUUUACUUUUGUGAGUUUGUCUGAGCGACAUAUUAUGUAUGAAAUUCUUUAUGGUCAUUAUUUGUAUUGUUUCGGAUAAAUAAAAUAUUUUUCCCUA